GUGCGUUUAGAAAACAAAAAACAAGGUCAUAAGCAAACGAAUCGAUUGAUUCCCUGCGUGUAAGUCGUAGUCAUUUUUAUGACUACUACUAACACGAUAUACUGCAAACAUAUCCAUGUAGAAUUGUAUGGCGUGUUACUAUUAUACGCAAAAGUUAUUUAGUUAAUGUCCGUCGACCGUUAAACAAUUUCUUCGCACGUUUACAAGUUCUUAAUGCACAAUAUAUGAUAUAUGUUUUUUUAAACACAUCAGAUAUUUAACACCCCAACGGCUUAUGUCUGUACGCAACGGUGAUAUUUAUUGGGACGAACCGUCGUGGAAAACAUCAAGAAGAGCAGUAUGUAUGGUAAUGAAAGGGGACUUAUCCGGAGCUCAAAGGGUUUUAGCGAAAAAAGAGGAAGACAUAUAUAUUGCCAACUGCAAGUGUUUCAUAUCUACUAUAACAAAUUUGAUUUUGGAGGCUCCAGAUUAUACGAACAGACAAAAUGUUCUUUCAAGUUGUCGUCAAUUGGAAGAGCGAUGUGCGACUGAUAAUACAAAAAGCUGGAUGUCUGCAGUAAAAAAUAGAGUUUUUCGCGGAAUUGACAAUAUGAGUUUUAGCGACUAUGACAAACAAAUCAUUCAUGUAGAUGCUUUAGUAUACAUAGGAUGUCUAACCGCUGCUACAAUCGAAACUAUAUCAGUUGGAACAGCAGCAAAAGCUGUUUAUGGUAUGAGCCGAGCUUGGAAAAUGUACCAACAAAGUUACUCGGAAAUUCUGAAAAUUUAUUGUACUAUGUUUGAAGUCGAUGAUGAUGUUCCAAAAUGGCCACCUGUAUUGAAAUGUAAAUUAUCUGCAUCCAAAAUCAAUAAUCAAGUUAAUAAACGAAUGAUUCGGUCAUCAACUACAUCAUUUGAAUUUUUCAGAAAACCGGAUAUGACAGUAAAGAUGACUCCUGAAGAAGCCAUCAGAUUGAUGACAGCGGUAAGCACUGGUUACGGCGGUAUAAAUCUUUUCCUGUCACUUCUACCCGCGAAAAUAGCUUCCAUGACGUUAAAUAUGUUGGGAUUUCGAGGAAAUCGUCAAACAGGUUUGGAUGCUUUAUCAUUCGCAAAAAAUGGACCAGACAUGCAUGCACCUAUAGCAUGGUUGAUCAUAUCAUGGUACCACAUGAACGUCACAAAUUCGGGAAUUGAAUUUGACGAACCACUAUUUCGAGAGAAUAGGGAAUUGUGUUUAAAUGAAAUUAAGAACUUAGCCCACAAUCCGCCAUUAGAGUUACGCGGCAGUUGGCUUCAAAAAUUUUUCAUUGGACGUUAUGCUUAUUUCAAAGGUCAAGUAGCAAAAUCCAUUAAAGCUUUCGAAGCUGCAUCAAGAAUAAAUAUUUACGAGAAUUGGAAUGCCAUGUGUAAACAGGAGUUAGGAUUCAUGUACGCUAUGUGCUUAAAAUGGGAUGCUUCUUUCCAAUGUUUUUUAAAUGCAGCUGAAAGCAGUUCAUCAAUGAGAUCUUAUCAUUACUUUUUAGCUGCCGCUUGCGCCGGAACAUUGGGUUUGAGUAAUAAAGUGAAGCUUAUGUUAAAAUAUGUAGUAAAAACUAUGAGAGAAGAAACGAAAGUAGAAUUUUAUUCUAGUUUUGUGGGUAAGAAAUCAACAGACAUCAUAAAACAAUUAAAAAAACGUAUGGAUGUCAAUAAGAGCUAUUAUAAGUUAAUUAUUUAUGAAGUCUUGUAUGUAAUUUAUGGCGUAUCAAUGUUGUCUACCGAUACUCUUAACACGAUCAUCACAGAUUGUAAGGAGGCGAUCGACGACAACGAAGUAAAUGAAUCGUAUCGAUAUAUAAAAAAACUUUUAACUGUAGUGUGUCGUCGACAAAUGAUGGAAUGCGACAGUUGUCAUGGGAAUCUGCUUCAUGAACUGAUAACUUAUAUGAACAUUCACAAUUACCAGGACCACGUGUACGCAUAUGCAUUAUAUGAAUUGGCUAUAGAGCAGAUUAAUUGCCCGGAAACACUCCAAGAAGGUAAAAAGACCAUACAAAAAAUGCAAUAUUUCAAACGUCUAUGUUAUUUUAGAAAUUUCUUCGAAAAACGUUGUGAUGCAUUGGAAGCUUAUGUUAAGAAAUUUAAUGAAUCAUAGUUAUCAAUAUGAUUGUAAUAACUUCAAGAUAUGCUAGUCACAAUUAUUAAGUUUUUUGGAAUGAUUAUUAUUUUAAUAAAUAUUUUUUCUAUUUAUUAAGAGACAAAAUUGUCAAUAUUUUUACCAUAUAA